AUGGCGUAUGCACUUUUAGCUACACUACCACCAGACUUUGGACUGUAUACUUCUUUUGCUGGUGCAGCGACAUAUUGGCUUUUCGGUACUUCGAAAGAUAUUGUCAUUGGUACAACAGCCAUCGGCUCACUACUCGUCGGUGAAAUCAUUACCCAUGUCCACGAAGCACGACCCGAUACAUAUACAAGCGUCGAGAUUGCCAAAACGUUAUCAUUCGUGACUGGAAUCAUCCUAUUCGCAUUAGGUCUUCUCCGUCUGGGAUGGCUAGUCGAAGUCAUUCCUUACAUCCCCGUUUCAGCUUUCAUCACGGCCGCCAGCAUUAUCAUCAUGUGCACCCAACUACCAGUACUCCUGGGUAUCCCUGGAAUCAACACACGAGACGACCCGUACAAAGUACUCAUCUCAACCAUGCGCAGACUUCCCGAUACACAGCUUGAUGCUGCUAUUGGUAUCACUUGUUUGGUCUUGUUGGAGUUGGCAAAGUACGUUUUUACAAAAUUGGAGGCCCGUCAACCUGCACGAAAGAAGCUCUGGUCUAUCUUGUCAUCUUUGCGCCUGACUUUUGCCAUGUUGCUCUACACUUUGGUGAGCUACCUAGUCAAUCGUAACUUGUCCGAGGAGGAGAGCAAAUUUAGAAUUGUAGGCCAUAUCAACCAAGGUUUCAUCCACGCCGGGCCGCCAGCCCUCAAGACAGACCUUAUUGGUGCGAUCUUGCCUCAAAGUCCCAUCAUCUUGGUUAUCCUCAUCGUCGAGCACAUCGCCAUUGCCAAAAGCUUUGGUAAAAAACUCGGAUACGAUGUUGUUCCAUCACAAGAGAUCAUGGCCCAAGGCACAGCCAACAUCCUCGGGCCGUUUCUGGGGGGCUACUCAUGCACUGGUUCUUUCGGUGCAUCAGCCGUCCUUUCCAAGGCGGGUGUUAGGACCCCACUGGCCGGCCUCUUCAGCGCUUUCAUGUUACUCUUGGCACUCUAUGCUCUGACUGGGGUCUUUUACUUUAUUCCCAGAGCUGCUUUGGCUGGAUUGAUCAUUCAUGCUGUUUUCAACCUCAUCGCAUCGCCCUCUACAGUUCGCAAGUACUGGCGUUUGUCGCCGUUUGAGUGCUUGAUAUGGGUUGUUGGCGUUAUCAUGGCUGUUUUUACUGGCCUUGAGCCAGCUAUUUACACCACCACAGGUCUAUCGUUUCUCCUCUUACUUAUUCGUAUUGCGCGGACAAGAGGCGAGUUCCUGGGCAAGGUGGAAGUCGAGCAGGCUGUUGAGACAUCUGAAAACCCGGACAACGUUGGAAAGUUAGCCACUCGCGAUAUUUAUCUCAGCAUGGGCCGAAAUGAUGCUUCGAAUCGAAAUAUUCUGGUGGAGAGCCCGCAUGGAGGUGUUCUGAUUUAUCAUUUCCCCGAAGGCCUGAACUAUCUCAACCAUGCGCAACAUCUCAAGAACUUGACGGACUACGUCUACACACAUACGAGACGACCAACAGAGGACCAAAAGGAAGAAAAGGGUGAGGCUCUUUGGUGCGACACAUCAGGGUUGUGCAAGCAGGACAGCGACCUACCAGUGUUACGAGCCAUCGUCAUAGACUGUUCAACAAUCAACAACAUUGACAUCACCAGCGUACAAGGCUUGGUAGAUGUCCGAAAUGCACUUGAUCGAUGGGCGAGUCCAUCAACAAUACAAUGGCACUUUGGCGGUUUACACAAUCGCUGGGCGCGGAGAGCUCUAGCAGCUGUCGGUUUCGGUCAGAAUACUACAGAAGAUGGCUACUCAUUUGGAAGUUGGACAUCUGUUCCUACUUCGUUUGGUGAAGCAACAGAGGGCGACUACAGAAGAAGAACAAGCACAGAUGAUGAGAAUACGAUUGGCACGCGACACAAUGACCUCAGUGGCGAGAAGCGACUUUUCCCAGUUUUUGCGCUUGACAGGCCAUUGUUCAAUGCGGAUCUUGGCGAAGCGGUGAGGGCGGCAUUGGAGUACGCGCGUAAAAGCGAGUGCCGUUCUCAUUCACAGACCGACACGGAAACUGAUUAA